CCUAUCUGAGCAAAGAGGCAGGGUAAGGUUACCGCAAUAAGUCUCCCAGCUGCAGUUAUAGGAAAGUGGCAAGGAAUUGCUUUCGUGUGAAUUAAUUUUUACUAGGGGGAAUAGAAGUUAACUUUGAUGCCAUCUGAGCUAUCAGAAGAAUUUAUGACGUCUUAAGAUAGAAGGCAAGUUUUUAGGUAGUAACAUUCUUUGUUAUGUAUUUAUGAUAACUGGCGGUCACGGAUCUAAACGUGCUUCAUGUAAUUUUAUCUGUGCCUGCAGAGCAAGCAUCUGAUGAGCAAUCAUCUGAAAAUCUUAUUUAGGCAGCAGGAUUGCAGACAAGCUUAAUUAUGCUAAUUUUAAUUUAUUUCAUUUCAUUUUGGUAGGAAAAAUAAAUGUUAAUUCACUUUUCUAAUUAGUAGUAGCUUCUAAAGCUAGCCUUAUUGUUUUAAUUAUGGGGAAAAAAGUCUUUGCGGGAGCCAGACAACAUUUGCUGCUUGAGACUCAUCAUCUCAAAAGCCUCCCUGAGGAUACCAAUGUCAUCCAGAUCCGGCAGCACGAGAGACUAUGAGACUAGCAGGCAGUCACGACAUUAUUCAGCUUCCCUACCAGUCCCAGAGUCUAGUGACACUGAGACUGAAGGCCUGAUCUUUUAUCACAUGGAUCUUUAUGGAUCAAAGGAGAGGUUUGAUAUCUUUCCUGAAGAGCUCUCUGGUCGAGGAGACAGAUCUCUGGGGGAUACGAGACAGGAAUCUGCAUUGAGUAGUGAAAAAGUUCAGCGCCCACAAGAAGUUGGCUAUGACUUGGGAAAGGAGGUUGCAGAGUUGGCUAAGAUGUAUGGACUUGAUGAGGAUAGAGAAAAAGAGCUUGAGCUUCUUGAAGGACAUCUGGAGAAGGUGGAGAGCAGAUGGCCACCAGCUCGCCCAGAAAAAGCAGGAUUACAAGGCUCCAUAUAUAACAUAUCAAAAAGCAGCUCUUCAGUGAAAGAUACAAGUCAAAGCACAAAGCAACAAGGAAUUCCUGAUGAGGCUUCUCAAGGUGAAAAUCAGAGCAAAGCCAGAGCAGAUGAUGAGGCUGAGAGCAGCAUAUGGUCCAGAGGGGGGCUAAGCAGUGGUGGCAUGUCAGACGAGUGGAACAGUCAGGCUGUCAGUGAGGAGGAGGGGGAGGAGGAAGAGGAAGAAGCAGCAGAUAUUUUUUGUUCCACCUGCAAGAUACCAAUCCGAGCUUUUGACAAACUAUUUGGUGAACACAAGGAUCACGAGGUUGCUCAGCUCCCCAGUGCUGUGGAAAGUGAAAAGGAGGAGAUCCAUAAAAACAUGUGCAAGUUGGAAGAACAGAUUGCUCACAUGGAAAAUGUUGCCAGCCAUUUGGAGGAAAUCUUCAUCACUGUGGAGGAAAAUUUUGGGAGGCAGGAGCAGAACUUUGAGGUGCAUUACAAUGAUGCAGUGCAAGUGCUUGCUCAGAAGUAUGAAGAGCAGCUGGAAGCACUGGGAGAAGAGAAGAGGCAGAAGCUGGAAGCUCUGUAUGAGCAGCUGGUCAGUUGUGGGAAACAUCUUGACACCUGCAAGGAGCUGACAGAUGAAACCCAGGAGCUUUUCCUGGAAAAUGACAAAGCUGAAUUUAUGAAGGCAGCAGUAACCAUGGUUGACAGGCUGGAAGAAUUCUUAAAGAAAGAAGUGGAUUUAGAGCUUUCAACGCUGCCAGACUUUGAAGAGCGCAUCAUAGAUGUCUCUGAAGUUGAACAACUAAUGAACUCCAUUAAUGCUAUUCCAGCUCCUUGUGCCCCUGUGAUCAAUCCCCAGGCUCCCAAUGCAGCAACUGGCACUUCACUGAGAGUUUGCUGGGGCCUCUUCUCGGAUGACACUGUGGAGUGCUACCAGCUGUGCUACCAACCAGUGAGCAAUGAGAGGCACAGUGAUGGGCAAGCAGAGCAUACACUAAAAGUCAAAGAAACAUACUGCACCAUUACUGAUCUGUUGCCAAAUACACAGUAUGAAUUUUGGGUCAGUGCUUUAAAUGCCUCCGGUAUCAGUCCACCAAGUGAAAGAGCAGUUUAUGUAACAGCUCCUUCACCACCAACCAUAAAGAAUAAAAAGAUCCGAAGCUGUGAAAAUGCAGCACUGGUGUGCUGGGAAUCCAGAGACAUUAACCCUGUUGAUUCCUACACAGUUGAAUUGUCCAAGCUGACAGAUGAAGAAAAUGAUGAUAUUAUUACUGAAUCUAUUGUUGGGAUCCCUAACUGUGAAGUCCUAAUUCACCUCCAGCCAGCACAAAAGUAUCACAUCUGUGUCAGAGCCCAAAACCUGGGUGGUUCCAGUGAAAGAAGUGAACCUGUUCUGAUACACACCACAGGCACCUGUUUCUACCUUAAUGAGGACACAGCCCAUCCUUUACUGGCAAUUCUAGAUGACGGAUUUACCAUUUCAUGUGAUGAACUGGAAAACCCAGAGUGUGAUCUGCCUGUCUAUGAUAACAGCUUUACAAGAUGUAUUGCCAUCCUGGGCAGUCUGAUCCCAUUUCCAGGAAAGCAUUACUGGGAGGUGGAAGUUGAGGAAGAUACAGAGUACAGAAUUGGUGUGGCUUUUGAGAACACUCCAAGACACGGUCACCUGGGGGCAAACAACUCAUCCUGGUGCAUGAGGCACAUCAUCACACCCUCAAGGCACAAGUAUGAAUUCCUGCACAGUGGGAUGACACCUGACAUCAGAAUUACUGUUCCCCCAAGAAGGAUUGGCAUCCUGCUGGACUAUGAGAACUGCAGAGUGUCAUUUUUCAAUGCAGAUAUUGCCCAGCACCUUCACACAUUCAACUCCCACUUCCAGCAUUAUGUCCACCCCUGCUUUGCACUGGAAACACCAGGUAUCUUAAGGAUACAUACUGGAAUUACAACACCCCCGUGGACUGCCCUGCCAUAACCUGUGUUCUGCAGCUGCCACACCCAUGUGUAACCUGCCCUGAGCCAUGCCCUCUUCCAGCAUUAACUGCACCAUCAUACUCCCUGUGAACCAGCUGUUUCCCCCUAGUAAGAGCAAAGUGACCCUGACCCAGACCACCUACCAAGCCCGAGUCCUUAGUUUACAUCCUCUUGGGAAGGAUCUUAGAAAAAGCCACUGUGGUCACAAAAUCCAUCAGCAUCCCAGAAUUCUUGUUAGAAAUGGACACCUUCCUUCUCAGAGGUGACAGUCACCACACAGCAGUGGCAGCUGGAUCACAGGUUCCCCCAACAGCCACCUGAAGCCUAGGGAACUCCCCAGUUCUGAAGAAUUGUUAAUUCUACUUAUGAAUCUACUCAAAAGCUAAAAAUUUAAAGAAAAAACAAAAAUAGCAAAAGGCAUAAUCACUGCACAGCUGCUGGAGCUGCAAACACUCCAGCCAUGAAGCUGAUCUCCCAAUCAAGUGUUCUUGUUGCUGCAUGAAGUCUGUGACUCAAGAUAAUCAAAUAUGCCUCCCCUGUGUGUGAACUGUUAGUGCCUACAUACCAAGUGAGGCUUUCUGGAAUACCCAAGCCUGCACUCCAGUCUCAAAUUUAAGCCAUUUUACAGAAUGCUUCUUUCAUUCACCCAGGGAAAAAAUAUAGGCUUUUUGCAGUGCUUGAUUGUCCUUACAGAAAAACAAGCAACAUUUUUAGCUGCUUCUUUUUAGCUAUGCUCACCUCCACUCGGGUGUACCCUCCCUCCACACUCACAGAUCUGUUCUCCCCCUCAGCAUGGAAGAAUUCCACUCCAUGCUGUGCCCUAGAAGCUGUGGGUGUCCAGUGAGGCUGGAAGGACUCUGGCCCAGCACACAGUUGAGACAUCCUUGUUUGGGUUUCAUUUCCAGACACCAAUCAAGACAGGCCCUGCCUGUCAAGCAGGCUUGGCCAGCGCUGAACAGCCUCAUCCAUGUAUGUCAAAACCACCUGAACUCAAUCAAGAGUCAUUAACAGAAAAGCUUUUCCAGAGAUUUAUUGCACAUUCUUUACAAAAAUCAUUGGUUCAAGUUUCCAUUCUAGGGAAUCACCAGGAACAAGCAGUGGCCUCUACAAUAUGCAGGGUCUCUACAAAUAAAUGCCAUUGGCAAAACUGAAGAGAUUUUACAUAGAA